CCCUGCCGGGCGCCCCGACAGACGAAAUGCUUAAUAAUGCGUGAAAUCGAGACACUGCAGUUCCCAUUCUGAUUGUGUGUGCAACUGUGGAAAGUUGGUGCUGAGGAAGGACUUUAGAGAUGGCUGAUUCCCGUUCCUUCCCGUUUACAGAGGAGAAGACAGACCCUGAGAAGAAGCAUGGAUCUUGGAGACUCGCCCAACUAGGCUUCAUGCUGCUCGGCUUCUAAAGAAAAUGGCAGAAACAUCAUCAGAGCCUUCUGGGCAGCUUGUCGUACACUCGGACACUCACAGUGACACUGUUCUGGCCAGUUUUGAGGAUCAGCGGAAGAAAGGCUUUCUCUGUGACAUCACUUUAAUCGUGGAGAAUGUGCAUUUCCGGGCGCACAAAGCCUUGCUUGCUGCCAGUAGUGAAUACUUCUCAAUGAUGUUUGCUGAAGAGGGGGAGAUUGGUCAGUCCAUUUAUAUGCUGGAAGGCAUGGUUGCCGACACGUUUGGCAUGCUGCUGGAAUUUAUCUACACGGGCUGUCUCCAGGCCAGUGAGAAAAGUACAGAGCAAGUCCUGGCUACCGCUCAGUUCUUAAAAGUCUAUGACCUGGUAAAGGCUUACACAGAUUUCCAAAAUAAUCAUAGCUCCCCAAAGCCAACGACGUUGAGCGCUGCUGGUGCCCCCAUGGUUGUUAUUUCUAAUAAGAAAAACAGUCCUCCAAAGAGGAAACGGGGAAGGCCAAGAAAAGUCAACAGUUUGCAGGGGGGGAAAUCACAACUGGCUGCAGAGGAAGAAAUACAGCUGAGAGUAAACAAUUCAGUUCAGAACAGACAUAACUUUGUGGUGAAAGAGGGAGAUGGCGGGGUACUGAAUGAACAGAGUCCAGCAAAAGACACAGACGAUUGUGAGCCAGGUAGAGGGGAGGAAGUGCCCCCUGAAAAAGAUGAGAAUUGCGAUCCCAAGACCCAGGACGGGCAGGACAGCCAGAGUGGGUACAGCAAGCGGAGGAUUCGGAGGUCCGUCAAACUGAAAGAUUACAAACUUGUUGGGGACGAAGAUGACCGGAGUCCAGCUAGAAGGGUCUGUGGAAGGAGAAAGCGCCCCAGCGGCCCUGAGGCCUGUUGUAAGGACUGUGGCAAAGUGUUUAAGUACAAUCACUUUUUGGCAGUCCACCAGAGGAGCCACACGGGGGAGCGGCCUUUCAAGUGUAAUGAGUGUGGGAAAGGCUUUGCCCAGAAGCACUCCCUGCAGGUCCACACCCGGAUGCACACUGGCGAGCGGCCCUACACCUGCACCGUGUGCAGCAAGGCUCUCACCACCAAACACUCGCUGCUGGAGCACAUGAGCCUGCAUUCAGGACAGAAGUCUUUCACCUGUGAUCAGUGUGGAAAAUAUUUUAGCCAGAAAAGACAACUAAAGAGCCAUUAUCGAGUUCAUACAGGCCACUCACUACCGGAAUGCACCCACUGCCAUCGCAAAUUCAUGGAUGUGUCUCAGCUAAAGAAACAUCUACGAACACACACAGGUGAGAAGCCGUUUACUUGUGAAAUCUGUGGCAAAUCUUUCACAGCAAAGAGUUCUCUUCAGACCCACAUCAGAAUCCACAGAGGAGAAAAGCCGUACUCCUGUGGCAUAUGCGGCAAAUCCUUCUCUGACUCCAGUGCUAAGAGGAGACACUGCAUUCUGCACACGGGCAAAAAGCCUUUCUCCUGCCCUGAGUGCAACUUACAGUUCGCUCGCUUAGACAACUUGAAGGCUCACUUGAAAAUCCACAGCAAAGAGAAACCUGCAUCAGAGGCCAGUGGCAUGUCUGGCAGUAACAACACUGAAGAGGUCAGGAAUAUUCUUCAGCUGCAGCCCUAUCAGCUCUCUGCAUCUGGAGAGCAGGAAAUCCAGCUUCUGGUGACCAAUUCUGUACAUAACAUCAACUUCAUGCCUGGGCCUAGCCAAGGAAUCAGCAUUGUUACUGCCGAGAGUUCUCAGAACAUGACCGCAGACCAGGCUGCUAAUCUCACCCUGCUCACGCCGCAGCCAGAACAACUGCAGAAUUUAAUUCUUUCAGCCCAACAGGAGCAAACGGAACACAUACAGGGCCUCAAUAUGAUUGAGAGCCAGAUGGAACCGUCACAGCCCGAGCCGGUGCACGUAAUCACACUCUCCAAAGAGACCCUGGAACAUCUCCACGCCCAUCAAGAGCAAACAGGGGAGCUGCACUUAGCAAGUGCUUCAGAUCCGACUCAGCACCUGCAGCUGCCCGAGCCGGCUCCGCCCCCACCACUCAGCCAGGAGCAGAGCUGACCUGUAAACGUGUGCACCCUGCCCGUCUUUUCCCAGUAAGCCAUCCUUCCAGAGGUGUGAUGGCCAACUGCCAGUUCUAACGCUUUCCAUCCAGGCAAUAAGACAUGUGUCUAUCAUACCUUGUAUGUAGUCCGGACUCGGAGUUAGCAUUUGUUACUGAGGAAUGGUUUUCGUUUUCAUCUACGUCUCUUAAGGUCAUGGAUGAUUUUUAUUUGGAGGCAUUGAUUUAGACUUCUCUAAGUCAUGAAUGUUCAUGGCCACAGCUUAGGGUCUUGCUGACCUUUCCAGGUAUAUUUUUUAGAAAAAAGGAAGUCCUAUGUUUGCUGAAUUGGGUAGAGUGGUUUCUUUUUUACUUCUCUUAGGUAACACGGUUGCUUCUGUAAGACAAGUCGGGGCUGAAUAUGACAGAUGACAACUUUGGAGCGUCUGUACCUUAUAAUCCCCUAAAACAGAGUAACUCAACAUUUAAUGUCUGUGUGGUACGGUGGGCUCUUUGUGUCAGGUUUAAGGUAGAUUCAGAGACAUAGAAACUAAAAGUCUAUUUUAACUCAAAAUGAAUUUAACAAGAAAGCCAAAAAGUAUAGGAUUAUUUUAAAAAUUCUGAGCUCAAUUUUUCUGAGACACAGGGAUUUACUUAUUUUUUGAGUGGUUACAUAUUUUUUUAAAAGCAGGCUAUUGAAAUUUUAAUUUAAAAGUCUGAUUAAAGAGUAGAACUGGGAUCAAGACAUUCAACCCAUCAAGUCCAAAUUUUUGUCAGCAGUGAUAAUUGUUCUUUCUGAUGAAGUUAAAGCUCUCUCAGUUAUCCUGGAAUAUAAAAUUUUAUUCAGUGUAUUUUAAGUGUCAAAUAAUACUCUUGAAUUCUGAUUGAUCCUGAAUAUGAUCCAUGUAUUAUGUCUGAUAACUUUCUGGAGAUGGGACCUUAUAAUUUAUUUUUAUUGCAAAGUAGGUUAAAUCUCAUAAAGUGGACACAUCAUUUAAAAAAGUAAAUAUCUUCUAAUUAAAAAAAAAAAGUGAGCCUCCAAACCAUAGUAGCCAGUCUGUAAUUGUUGUACCGUUUUAAAUAAUUGUCAAAAGUUGAAAUGAUGUCUGUUAUGUAUGUUAUGUUAGGUUUUCAAGCCCAAUGUACUAAAGACUUUGAUUGCUUUCUCUCAAGUAAACUGAUAGAAGAUUUUGGAGAGCAGAGGCUGGGCACUCACCUAAGUUGACAUAAUGCUGGUGGAGCACAGGGGUAAUCUACCCUAAAAGUAACAGGAUCUUUCCAUCAGUUACUUAUUUUCUCACAUCUUUGUUUGAUUUCCACCUGAAUCAAGAAAGUUUUUUGGAGGUGAAAGCAAUGGAAUUCUUGAGGUUUGAGAGAAGAUGAAAGCUUAUUUUUUUUACAUAUUUGCCAAACUAUAUUUUAUCAUACAUAAUUCACAAAAUUUCUAAAAUGUUGUACAUCUUAUGUGUAUCAACCAAAGCAAUGUUUAAGUCAGGCCUGACUAGAGCCAAGAUACAAUUUCUACAAAUACAGUUAUGACCCAAAUAUUUCAGGUUCUUAGUCAUUUAAACUACUUUAACCUUAUUCUUAAAAUGCAAAGUUUUUUCCAGCUUUUCAAAGCUUACUGGCCCACAGUUUCUUCAGGACAUACACAAUAUUAAUAUAAAAGGAUUCUCUGUAAAGCUGGAGAAUUAUUCAGGAAAUACAGUCACACAAGUCAAGUUUAACUAGCUUUAUGACAGUCUACCUCUGCUCUAGGAGAAAUACAUUGUGGGCCACAUGUAAUUUUAAAUUUUCUAGUAGCCACAUUAAAAACAAAAUGGUGAAAUUAAUUUAAUAAAAUUAUUUGAUCCAACAUUUGCCAGAUAUUUCAACCUGCAAUCAAUAUAAAAAUGUAUUAGUAAGUAUUUUCGAUUCUUUUUUGCAUAUUAAGGUCUUCAAAAUCUAGUAUGCACUCCAUUUGAAUGCUAAUAUUCUUUGGACGUACUGUGUUUAGAAUUCAUACGAUUUACAGUUGAAAACGUAGAUUGAUAUACACAUAAUUUUUUCAGUAACCAAAAUGAUUAUCAGUUUGAAUUUAUAUUAAAACCUGGGGCACCUGGCUGGCUCAGUCAGAAGAGCAUGUGACUCUUGAUCUCAGGGUCAUAAGUUCAAGCCCCACACUGGGCACAGAAAUUACUAAAAAAAAAACAAGAAAAAACGCACCACCAGUUCCUUAGUCACACUAGCCAUCUUACAAGUUCUCAGGAGCCACGUGUGGCUGGUGGCUCCUGUUCUCUGUGACACAGGCCUACCUGCUUCCAACUUGAGAGCCAGUUUCAGCCAUAAAAAUAUCUUCUGGAAGAGUUCUGUCGACUCGCCCAGCUGUCAACGGGAAAGGAGAAAAUGAUAGCUUUAUAGAUCUAGCUUCUCCUUGGUGUCCCAAAUAUACAUUCUGCCCUCUGAAACCCCAAAGUCUAAAGUUCAGUGACUCUGUACCCAAAGGAAAUGUCAUGUAUGUAAAAAUGUGUGUUUGAGAAGCUUUUGGCUCAGUGUUUCACAACUUAUUUUGCACUAAACUUGUACAGUUUUUUAAAUUGUUUUAACAAGCACAGAAAUACAAAGUACACUUAGGAAAUAGAA